AUGCUUAAAUCACUGACAAUAAAAUUUAACAAGGUGAAGCCUAGCGAAGGAAGCAAUGAGAAUAUACAAGAUCCUGAUCCAAGCAGUGAGUCGCGGCAAGCCACAGGACAGGGAGAAAACAAAAAUGAAAAGAAAUCUCUCAAAACCAAGAUGCCACCAGUCUCAGCGGAAGAGUCACAGACCAAAAUCCAAGAUAAAGUCUCUGAGAAAAAUACACAUGAAGAUAAGACCACAAACCCUGACUCUCAAAAUCCAACAGCAUCAACUGGAGCAAAACCAGAGCAGAAGGAAAUGGGGACAGGGAAAGAAGACCCGGUCAGCAAACCACCUGUUAUUAAUGAGUACGCGGAUGCCCAGCUACACAGCCUGGUGAGAAGACUGCGUCAAAGAACAGAUUUCUACAAAAGAAAGUUAGUGGAGGCUGACAUGUCCUCCCCUGAGAGCAGUCCCCAAACUGCAAAGCCCAUAGCUGUGUCAUCAACACAAGAAAGUAGUGCUAAGCUAAAAGAAGAGCAUUCCCAGAAGGUGCCCCUGAUCGAGUACCUAAAGCGACUCAGACUUCCAAAAAGCAUAGAUUCCUACACAGAUCGAUUCUAUCUCCUGUGGCUCUCGCUGGUCACCAUCGCCUUUAACUGGAACUGCUGGUUUAUACCCCUGCGAAUGGUCUUCCCGUACCAGACACCACACAACACGCACUACUGGCUUAUUACCGACCUCGUAUGCGAUACCAUCUACCUCUUCGAUCUGCUGUUAAUCCAGCCCAGGCUCCAGUUCAUGAGGGGAGGAGAUAUAAUAGUGGAUUCAAAUGAACUAAAGAGACACUACAGGAAUUCUACAAAAUUUCAGCUGGAUAUGGCAUCAAUAAUGCCCUUUGAUGUUUUCUACCUCUUCUUUGGGUUUAAUCCAAUAUUUAGGACAAAUAGGAUGCUAAAGUACACUUCAUUUUUUGAGUUUAACCAUCACCUAGAGUCUAUAAUGAACAAGGCGUACAUCUACAGAGUAAUUCGAACGACUGGAUACUUGUUGUUCACGCUGCACAUUAAUGCUUGUAUGUACUAUUGGGCUUCAAGCUAUGAAGGGAUUGGAAGUACCAGAUGGGUGUAUGAUGGUGAGGGAAACAAGUAUCUGAGAUGUUAUUAUUGGGCAGUUCGAACUUUGAUUACCAUCGGGGGCCUUCCAGAACCACAAACUUUAUUUGAAAUUGUUUUCCAGCUGCUGAACUUCUUUUCUGGAGUUUUUGUGUUCUCCAGCUUAAUUGGCCAGAUGCAAGAUGUAAUUGGAGCAGCUACAGCCAAUCAGAACAACUUCCGCAUCUGCAUGGAUCAUACCAUUGCCUAUAUGAAUACUUAUUCCAUUCCUAAGAUUGUGCAGAAUCGGGUCAGGACUUGGUAUGAAUAUACAUGGGCCUCUCAAAGAAUGCUAGAUGAGUCCGAUCUCCUUGAGACGCUGCCGACCACCAUGCAGCUCGCCCUCACUGUUGACGUCAACUUCAGCGUCAUCAGCAAAGUCGACUUGUUCAAGGGCUGUGACACACAGAUGAUUUAUGACAUGCUGCUAAGAUUGAAGUCCAUUGUCUAUUUACCUGGUGACUUUGUCUGCAAAAAGGGAGAAAUUGGCAAGGAAAUGUAUAUCAUUAAGCAAGGAGAAGUCCAAGUUCUUGGAGGUGCUGAUGGCACUCAAGUUCUGGUUACGCUGAAAGCGGGGGCAGUGUUUGGAGAAAUCAGCCUUCUAGCGGCAAGAGGAGGGAACCGGAGAACAGCCAACGUGGUGGCCCAUGGCUUCGCCAACCUUUUAACUCUGGACAAAAAGACCCUCCAAGAAAUUCUAGUGCAUUAUCCAGAUUCUGAAAAGCUGCUCAUGAAGAAAGCCAGGGUGCUUCUAAAGAACAAGGCUCCAGGCACAGGGGCAACCCCCCCAAACAAAGGACUUGCCUUUCUCUUCCCACCGAAACAAGAAACACCCAAAAUGUUUAAAGCUCUUCUGGGAAGCUCUGGAAAAGCAGGUCUUGCAAGACUACUCACGUUGAAGAGAGAACAAACCGCUCAGAGAAAAGAUGAAAACCAGGAAGAAGAGGAUAAAGGAAAAGAAUCUGAAGAUAAAGGAAGAGCGACAGCAGAGAAACCACUUGAAGCAUCCAAAUGUCAAACGAGUUCCAUUACAGCGGAGGAAGCGCCCCAGGCAAUUAGAAAGGCAGUUUUACCCAGAGGAACUACCCGUCAAUCACUCAUCAUCAGCAUGGCUCCUUCUGCCGAGGCCGGGGAAGAGGUUCUGACGAUCGAAGUCAAGGAAAAGGCUAAGCAAUAA